GAUGAUUGUAGUACCAAAUCUGUCAUCUCUUACCUAUAGUUGGUAAUCGGGUUAUCUAAGAAAACAUCAACAAAACCGCAAUUAGAUAAAAUAACAUCAAUGGAUAGCGAAAUAAAAAUUACCACACCACGAAAAUGGCAUUCUUUCGGACAAGAAUGAUUCGAUUCUCGCUGUACAAGCUUACGAUUUUGAUUUUUCUGCUAGUUGCCUUUUUCUAUAUUGCUCGCUGGCAGAUCACUCUGCACUAUGGAAAUGAGGCCCAAAUGCAGCGCUUCAUGCACACCUGCAAUGUGACCGAUGCAUACCGGGCCGAACUGGAACAGCUCUUCGAAAAAAUACACCAAAUCCUGGACCGACAAGGCUUAACACAUAUACUAUGCUACGGCACACUUUGGGGUCAAAUUCGGAUGGCCAAAAUGCUACCCUGGCGAAGGAAGGCCGAAUUUUGCGUGUUCAACGAAGAACUGAUGGCACGGGAAGAAGCUCGCUUCCUACGGUACUUUUACGCCAGCAAUCUCAAAAUCUACUACAUUCACUCGGAAGGAGUCUAUCGUAUUUUCACCGAUAAUCCGGAAAAAUCACCCUUCGUAGAGCUGAUUGUUUUUCAGCGCGAUAAAGCGCAAGCAAUGUACAAAAGGGUCGGAUGGAAGCGACGGUUGCUGCCUCCGCACUGCGAGUGGACUCCAUCGCUUGACUGUUUCCCAAUCCACCUAUUGGAAGCAUCGCUUCCACGAAGAAAACUCGGAAAAUACUUCUACAGCGUUCCGAUGGGUGGCAUCGAACUGCAAAAGUACCACUACAGCCAAAAUUGGUGGAAAGAUGUUCGCGUGUUUAAUUGUUAAAAUUGGGGCAGAAUAGCCAGAUAAGUUGUAAUUAGUUGGAUCUGUUAGUAUACCGAAAGAUGUUCUAGAAAGUUAGGAAAAUAGCACUGAAUCCUGGGGUGACAUUGCGCAUCUCGUUUCGAGUGAUUUUCGUUCGAGACGCCCAUUUGUUUAAUGUGGUCGAAACGAAUCAAAAUCACUCGAAACGAGAUGCGCAAUGCACCCCUGUAUUUCGAUUAGAAUUGAGCCUUGCGAUAGGUUGAUGAAAACCUAAAUCUAAAUAAGUUUUUUAAUCAAUCGGUUAGAAGUUUACCAAUUUUUAGUAUGAGCUUUCUCAAGAAUGAGGGGGUUCUGAACUCAAAUCAUGCUUUCAGCAAAUUUGCAUAUAACAAAUAAGUGACACUUUUUUAUAAAUUGUUCUAGCGUAGAACCCGUUUCUUGUGUAGAAUAUCUAAUUUUAGCAAGACUAAAAUUACAUAACUUGAAAAAUCCAGCAAUAUUCAAAUAAACAAACACCGUCAGC